AUGUCUUUCAAUUUUUCUAAUAUUGGGAACUCUCCAUCUACUCAGUCUAGUAGUCAUUCAUUUGCUACUCCAUCCACCACCCCACACUUCCCCCCUGCUCAAAACAAUCCCAAUAUUGAUCCCACCCUUCUGGAUGAAGAUGUCAUCCCAGCUCACUUUAUUGAUGCCCUCACCAAUCAGUUUAGUUUUGGUGAUUCCAAGCAGGACCUACAGUGUAACCUCCAUGGCUUUGCAAAGGCAGCCAUUUUCAGCUUAAUCAAGGAAAACUGGGCAAUGACCAACAUGCACCACAAUACACAACAGCUUCUCACAGACCUGCAAAUUCAACUUGAAAACACAUUUACACUAUCACACAAACAGAAGGCUAAUGUCUGUAUUGUUGCUGGAGACAUAAUUUUUGAGGCUAGCCAGAUCACAUUUAUGACAAUCCACUUUGACAUUGAGAGUGUGCAGUGGUACAAAAUUAGUGGCCCCACUUUGGGCCUCACACCAGCAUGCACUGCUCAACUUGCUAUACUUCUCCUUGACCAUGAGGAAGAUGUUGAGGAUGAUUCACCACCAACAGAAGAUGACUCAGGCUCAUGGCACCACUCUGCCCAAGAGCCUCAAAGGAAAAAGCAAAAGUGUGGUGGCCAUGUCCCCAGGGGAGAGGAUUUCUGGUCACAAGUGGAAAAAUGGUUUGAUGCACACAGAAAGCAAUGGGGUGAUUCAUGGACCACACCCAACUGGAACAGCUACAUCUCAGAAACAAUUGCCAAGGAUGAAGAUCACUACAAGGUCCAUGUCAUUCACAACCCAUUCAUGGAAGAUGUGCACACAGAUGACAGGUUUUUCACUGGGCCCAUCACUUCAGCUGGUCUUGGGGCUGCUGAGGAUCUCCUUCAAGAAAUGGUUUGA